CGAGACACAGAGAAAGCAUACAAAAAGCUUGACUGCAGAACGGCAAGUGCAGAGGAAAGAAAGCAACAUGGCAUUUGCAGGGAUGCUGAGAGACGAGGACAUCGUGGCUGCGGUGCAGUCGUGUCAAGCUCCGGGCACGUUCAACUACAAAACUUUCUUUGCACAAGUGGGACUGGUAAACUCGUCUGUAGCAAACUGGAAAAGUGUCUUCACAGUCCUGGACCAGGACAGGAGUGGAUUCAUUGAGGAGGAGGAGCUGAAAUUGUUCCUUCAGAAUUUCUCUUCUGAUGCAAGGGAGCUGACAACUGUUGAAACCAAGACUCUGAUGGCUGCAGGAGACAAAGAUGGCGAUGGCCAGAUUGGGAUGGAAGAGUUCUGCGAACUUCUGAAAUAA